GUCCCUCUCUCAUUCCCAUUUCCUUUUUCUAAAUUUGAUUUCUUUUAAUUGAUUUAAGAUUUCAGAUCCCCUUCCCUCCAGUGUAGGGCAAACCAUCUUCUCUUUUCCCAUUUUUUUUUUUCAACAUAGGUAUUAAUAUCUUUGGCCCGAUUGAUGUCACCAGUACCUACAAAUCUUCCUAUUCAUAAGCAGAGACUCCACUUUGAAGGGACAACUUCGAUACAAUGUUAAAGUGACAUGUUGAAAUUUGAAUAGUCUUAAGUUAGAAUCUUACCAUUUUAGUGAGCUAAUCUCCUAAAAUAUGUUGAUAUGGCAAAUUUUGCCAUUUAAAUUUUGACUUUAUUUUGUGGUUUAGAAAAGGAAACGACUAGAAUUGAAGUUCCUUCCAUCCUGAUAUGGUCUCAAUCAAGAGAAGUCGUGAUAUAUGCAGCUACAUGUGCAACAAGUGAAUCCUUUGUUUCCUCCCGUCAAAAUGAUAUGGGAUCAUUCCCAUUUCUCAAAUCAAAAUCCAAUCACAAUUAACAGGUGCGAAUUACCAUCAGGUUAGGUUGUUGACAAAAAAAUUGGCAGUGUAUUUUAUUUGGUUGAUUCUUAUUAGUCUUGUAAAGAGCAAUUACCAUCAGGUUAGGUUGUUGACAAAAAAUUUGGCAGUGUAUUUUAUUUGGUUGAUUCUUAUUAGUGUCAUAAUUAAGAGCAUUCUGUUUU